AUGAGCACCGUCCGCACUCGUAAAUUUUGCUGCUGUCUGCCGGUCAGAUUUGGCGUCUUCUGCUCUGCGCUUAUCGGUGUAGCGUAUAGCACCGCAUUCUGUGUGUUGGGAUGGUUGGAAUUCCAUCGCUAUGUGACGAAGCAAACACAGCUUGAUAAAGAUGAGGUCAUCGGUCUCGUUGCUUUCGCCCUAUCAUACACGUUCAUGCUCCUGUUCUCUGUAAUGGGUCUCAUCGGAUCCAUUGGAGCUAUCCGCGCUUUCGUUAAAGGUUACGGAGUCAGCUUGGCCACAAACACUGUUGUAACCAUCGGCAUCGGCAUUUUCAUGUGCUGGCGGCUCUUCCACACUGACAGGACCGAGUGCGACCUCAAUGCUACACAAGAAGCCGAUAAGGCUGUUGAGUGGGUCUGCCAGAAGGGCUUUGACAUAAUUCGUAUCAUUCUUGUGGUCAUCCUCGUGCUGGUCUGGCUCUUCCAGAUUGCGGGGUGCGCUAUCGUGUUUGAUUACGCCGGUCAGCUUGCCGAAGAGGAUGAGCUUGAGCGAGCUGACUACGGCACCCGGGAUGCAAGCAACAUCAAUCCCUACCCUGGUACUAGUAACAUGCGCACCACGUACGACGCGCAAGCCACCCCCAUCAUGAAGAGCGCGUACGACCAGGGUGGCUGGUCGCAAGAUGGUGCGAAGCCAUAUCCAUUCACUGCGCCAGACCAUGCGUACGGUGGCAGGAGUGACAAUGUGUAG